UGGACGAACCAUCACGUGGGAUUUGAUUUACCUUAUUUACCUUCUCGGGAAAGCAAGUGCUUGACGGGCAGUUGUGGUCGAGCCAAUCCUCCAGAACAGAACCAAAAAUGAAUUUUGACCAGAUCCUAGCCGCUGUUGGAGGGUUCGGAAAAUACCAGAAGAUUUUGUAUAUAUGGAUAUGUUUACCAAAUGUGCUGCUUGCUUUCCAUAUGAUGGUGAGCAUCUUUACUGGAGCCACGCCGCCACAUCUAUGUCGAGACAGCCUUGACCCGGUUGCGCGCAACGGGACAUUUGACUACACUCCGCUUAUUCUUAACUCCAGCGAGGAUUCGUGUUCCUGGUCGGAGAGGUCUCUGCAGGACAACCGUUCAGCUCCCCUGCGGUGCGUGCACGGAUGGGUUUACAGCAAUGAGACAUUCCAAAGCACCACAGUCACUGAGUGGGACUUGGUGUGUGAAAAUGCCCGGCUGAACAGUAUUGGCUCAUCCAUUUACAUGUUUGGGUUGUUGGUGGGAUCAGUGGUGUUUGGAUCUCUUGCAGACAGGUAUGGCAGGCGCCUCAUCCUGCUGCUGUCCAUUGCACUCCAGACAGUGUUUGGAGUGGCUGUGGCCUUCGCACCAAACUUCACUGUUUAUGUGAUGCUUCGCUUUGUUGUUGGUGCAACAAUAUCCGGAGUCAUCAUAAAUGCUUUUGUACUUGGUACUGAGUGGACAUGCACCAAAAGACGCAUGCUGGCUGGCAUCACCACCGACUAUGCCUUUGGUCUGGGCUACAUGAUGAUAGCAGGCAUAGCUUACCUUAUACGAGACUGGAGAAAGUUACAACUGGCAAUAUCGGCCCCUGGCUUCCUGCUUAUUUUCUAUAUAUGGGUGCUUCCCCAGUCCGCCAGGUGGUUGUUGGCCAACAACAGAAAAGACGAGGCCAUUGCACUGCUCCGCAAGGCUGCACUAGUGAACGGCCGGGAGUUACCCCCCACACUGCAAGUGGAAAAAUGUGAGGUUGGAGGUGGAAGCAAGCACCGUCACACAGCACUGGACCUUGUGCGUACUCCUAAGAUGAGAAAACGAGCCCUCAUCCUGUUUUACAUCUGGUUUGUGAAUGUGCUGGUGUAUUACGGCCUCUCAUUGGGAGUCUCCAGACUGGGCACAAACCUAUAUCUGACUCAGUUUGUGUUUGGCCUGGUUGAAAUUCCAGCUCGCUCCAUAGUUCUGUUUGUCCUCCCAUUCAGCCGCCGCUUUUCUCAGAGUGGUUUUCUGGCUGUUGGAGGACUAGCCUGUCUUUUCAUGCUAGCUGUUCCUGCAGAUCAAUCCAACAUGUUAACUGGUCUUGCCAUGGUGGGAAAAUUUGGGAUCACCGCUUCUUUUGCUGUAGUCUAUGUGUACACUGCAGAAAUAUUCCCAACUGUCCUUCGCCAAACAGGGAUUGGUGUGUCUAGCAUGUUUGCCAGAAUGGGUGGUGUUUUGGCACCUAUUAUUAAUAUGAUCCACAGCCAUAGUCCCACCACGCCGCUGGUUAUUUUUGGGACUGCGCCUGUGCUCGGAGCUGUGCUGGCUCUGAUGCUGCCUGAAACUGCUGACAAACCUCUACCAGACACUGUGGAAGAUGUGGAGAACUGGAACACAAGAACACCAGCUGACAUUGAAAAACUUAAAGUACCAGCUGAUAUGUGUGAAUUAACAGACAAGACAGGGGAACAUCAUCUUAGAAGCAAUAUGUAGAAUAUUGCUUUUUUACAUUUCAUUAAAAGAAAAGGCUGAACCAACUUCAAACAUUUAUCACACUGCACUCUAUGCAAUACAUUCUAUGCAAUAACCAUGUUUUUUUAUCCAACUUAUCCACUGAAAGAACAAGCACAAGGAAUGACUGUCUUUUCUGAUGCCAAGCUGGUUUUAUAAUAAUAUUCUUGUUACUGAUUAAAAACACUCAGUAUUUGUCGGUUUACAGUUUCAUUAUUUUAAGCCUUUUGUUCCAUUUCUGCUGAUAGGUUCAUUACAUGUACCUUUUGUGCCAAUGUUGAUGAUAUUGGACAAGGGAGAGAAAACAAGU